GCCGCAUGCCCAGGGAAAGAUUUCUGUGCUUGCAGAGAUAGCUGAUGUAGGAGACUGGGACCCGGGUGUCAGUGAGGAGGAUCAUGCGGCGAAGUAGGUGUGGAAGGGGAGAUGAAGAUCCUGGACUUCGAAGGUUGACGCCGAGCAGGGACAGGCAAAGCACAGAUACCAGUGGCGGAGUGAUCGACCAAGGCGGCUGUCAUCGAUGUAGCUCACUUAGAUCCAAGAGUUGUAGUCCCUCCCCACGUGUUUAUGCCAAUGUCAAGAACUCUUAGGUAUACCCGCUGUGAUGCUCCUCCAUAGCAGAUCUUUGGCGCGUGACUUAGCUAGGCCCCGAACACGCCAUACCUACCGCGUUACAUCGCAGGCCUCCCAUACCCGCCAAAGGCACAGAACCCAUGCCGCACAGCAACUAGCAGCAGAACUGUCCAUCCACUCAGCGUCCAAACUCACUAUCCGCGGAAAGCUGAGAAUAUGCGGUACGAGCAUGGAAAGGAAAUGUCGUACGAUAACCCUCGCACCCUCUCGCAUUACAUACUCCAACUUGCUUUCCUACCCGCAUACAUCUCAUCUGGGCACGACGCUAACAGCUGGACCCGGGCCCUGUACCCACCGUGUCUUCUUCCAAGGUUUCAUCCGCAUACGCUCCUCCUCCCCCCUCCACGUCACGUCCUGUCGUCUUUACUCGCUCACUCAUUCACUCACCGCUCAGCCUUCCAAAUCCACUAUGCAACACUACUGCAAGCGUCCCUCCCCCUCACCCUCUUGGCACCUCUCUGCCCAAAAGCAAAAGCCAAAAUAUCCGUCCGACCGCCUUCCCACCCAAAAAACCUUGGAAAAGCCCGCGGGCCAGUUCCUUGGUUCUUGCUGGGAAGAGAAGAAACUGGUUGCCGCCGUGAGAAGCCUUGGAACGCUGUUCCGCGGAAACUAAAGGGGGGCCCGGCGCCUAGGCUAAGACUAGAAAAGGCAUAAAUGUGGCGGUGCCGCCG